AUCAGCUCGAAAAGCGUCGCGGUGGGGAUCCGGCGUCGCGACGCCGGCAACUCGGCAUGAGUCAAGCGAUUCGGGCAGGAGCAUCUUACGUUAGUGGCAGUCAGGAUCGCGUACCGGUUGGCGGCUAACAAUUAAGCGCCAGCCUGUCGAUUCUGAAUUCAAACACAAUUACCAACAGGGGUGAAUAUUCGAAAAAAAAAAAAAAAAUGACCACUCUUAGACGCGGCACUCGACGGAUGUGGAAUCUGAUGGAGAAUGGGAAAAUAAUUCGUGACUCGUCGUCGAGGUCCAUGUCGACGGAACCGAGGAGGACGAGGAUUCAGGAGGGAAAAAACGGUGAAAAAAUUUUUAAAUCCCCCUUCAACAACAUAAAUUAUCCAACGAUGCCGCUGCACGAAUUUGUAUGGGAAAACACGGGAAAAUGGGGAGACAAAGUAGCCCUGAAAUGUGGCGUCACUGGACGUCGUUACACGUACGCCGGUGCCAGAGAUGCGUCGAAUUGGGUUGCAAGAAGCCUUCUAAAUAUGGGGUUUAAGGCCGGCGACGUCAUCGCUCUGGUUCUACCGAACCUGCCCGAAACUGCUAUCGCUUUUCUAGGAUCAGUUGAAGCCGGACUCAUCGUAACUACCGUAAAUCCACAUUACACAGUUGAUGAAAUAAGAAGGCAGUUGAUAAAUUCCGGAGCUAAGGGUGUAAUCACUAACGCUGAAAUAGCGCCUGUGGUACUGAAUGCAACCCGCGAAACGCUCCCGUCAAAAUCUCCGUUCAUUGUAAUCGACGACGCGACGUUACCUGUGCCGUCGGAAUCGAUACCUUUCAAGGAUCUCAUCGAUAGAGGAAAGUCAUUGCCGCCAGUGCCAAACCAUCCAUGGAAUUUUGACGACGUAGUCGUUUUACCGUACUCCAGCGGUACGACAGGCCUUUCCAAAGGCGUGAUGUUGUCCCAUAGAAAUUUGAUCGCCAACAUACAACAAGUGAAGGCUAGUACUGACGAUAACGUGUGGAAAGAAACUACCGAGACUCAUCAGGAAAUCGCGCCAUUGUUACUCCCUACUUUUCACAUAUACGGAAUGAACGGUGUAAUGCUGCCAAAUUUGAAACUGGGAGUACAGUUAAUCACUCUCCCGAAAUUCACGCCGCAAGGGUUCAUAGACGUUUUUGAACAAAACAAGGUUACAUGUUUCUUCCUCGUGCCUCCGCUACUUCUGUUUCUGGCCACAGCCCCGAUGGUUGCAAAGAAACACAUCGAAUCAAUUCACGCGAUGACGAGCGGCGCUGCUCCUCUUGCCGGUACCGACGUUGAGAGGUUUUAUCAUCGAUUCGGCAUUGACGAAACGAAACUGCAGUUCAUCCAAGGUUACGGACUCACGGAAAGCUCACCGGUUACGUUUUUGCAAACACUCAAGUCGAAAAAAUACGCCAGCAUCGGGAACCCGAUCUGCGACACCGAAGCUCGGCUGAUUGACCUGUCGACCCAGGAGGACAUCGUAACCCCCGGAAAAACUGGGGAACUUUGGGUCCGCGGUGACCACGUGAUGAAGGGUUACUACAACAACGAGGAGGCAACUAAGAACACCCUUACACCGGACGGAUGGCUGAAAACAGGGGACAUCGCCUACUUCGAUGAGGAACUCGACUUUUAUAUCACCGAUAGACUGAAAGAACUCAUCAAGGUCAAAGGCUUCCAGGUUCCACCAGCGGAACUUGAAGCCUUGCUCAGAACGCACCCGGACAUUGAGGAAGCCGCUGUUAUCGGUAUUCCGGACGAACGAAGCGGAGAAUUACCGAGGGCGUUUGUCCUGCUCAAAAAGGAUAAAACACUCAAAGAAAAGGAUGUGCAAGACUUUGUCAAGGGAAAAGUUUCCGAGUAUAAGGAACUGAAAGGCGGUGUCAUCUUCGUUGAUACCAUACCAAAAAAUCCUUCCGGAAAGAUUUUAAGGAGAGUAUUGAAGGAGCAAUAUGCGAAAUGAGAAACGAUUCGAGCUUUGACUCUAAAUUAUUCCUCCCAGAUGACGAAACGUUCCUGAAUCGUACAGCUGCUGCAAACGAGUCAUCGACUCUGAUAUUAUAAUUAGAAGUAUGUUCGACUCACGAUUCGAUACGUGUAAAUAUAUUUAUACUAUAGUUAUAAAUAAUUGUUUAUAACGGAAUAUCGACGACUGCAUAUAUUCAUGUGCAAUUGAUCGCGCAGUUAUUUUUAUAUUGCCUGGAUUUGUAUAUAUUGAUCAUUUUUUCCGUGUAAAUUUAAAGGGGUUAUAAUUGAGUUAUAUAUUAUGUAUAUAUACGCAAGUUUUCGAACAGUUGCGGGGGUUGUUCGCCCAAGUGUUAAGGUUGCAGAAUGGCAAACGCACAGUUGGCACAUUUUACUAGUUAUUAUAUUAGUAAAAUUAUAUAAUUUAUAACAAA